UGCAACCAGCUCGUCCGGUCGCCGUCCGUUAGGCGGUGCCGACGUUGUCUCGCGAACUCCUCAUGGCCAUUUUCACCUCGAGAAGAAAAUCUUUCGUCCUGCGUAAGUAGCCCUGAGGUCCUGGCGAAUCGUUCUCUUUCGGGCCCGGCGUUUUUUCGACGAGUCUCCGGCCCCGGGACCCCCACAGGUCGAUCCGUGUGGGCCCCGCAAGACCCGCCAGGAGCAGCAUGCAUCCCUGCCUGGGGUCGGGGAAAUGGUAUGACUCGAGUACGCUGGGAACUCGGAUUCGCCGACGCUUUUUGACGAGCCCAGCCUGGAUUCUGACGGCCCGGGGUUCGUGGGACGUUGGCGGCGGGAGCGCACGUCAAAUUUCCGACCAGGUCUCGUCAUAUUCUCCCGAUGGUUCCGCCAGGCCCACCCGCGUCCCCCCAACCCUGGCCUCCCCGACAAGAGGGGUAAGUCGGCCAGCGGGGCCAGGGCCGUGCCAGUGAGGAUGGGGGCCGGCGGAGCGAUGCCCGAGGACAGGGGGGCCUCGGCCAGCUGCGCCGCGUGGCGGUGCGUGUGGGACCCUGCCGGGUGCGCAGUCGGCUGUCGGUGGAUGCUCCACGCCGAGGAGGCGUGGAAGCAGACCACGUUCUGGGCGCCGGCGGUGGCCCUGCCGUACGCGGCGCUGGCGGCCUGGUGCGCGUGGCGCCGCGGCAGCUUCCGGGCGGGCCUGCCGCUGCACCGGUGGACGCAGCGCUACGGGAUGGGCGCGGCCGUUUUCGCAGCCCUUUUCGCAUCGCUCCCGUGGUACGAGGGGUGCGUCGACUUCAGUUCCGCAGAUCGUGCACGAACCCUCGACACCCCGCUUCUGGUGUCUCACAGCGUGCUCAUGGCCUGCUCCCAGAUCCAGCUCGCGUGCAAGCUCGAGGAUCUCAGCUGCCGGCGGCUGGCUCGCACCGUCCGCAUCCUCGCGAGUGCGACCAUCGGGUGCAUGGUGCUAGCUCUUGUGCUUCUGUUACUGGCAUGCACACUGCUCUCGAAGCACAGCAAUGAGGUGAAUUUGUGGGCGACUUGCCUAAUGUCGGCGGAUUCCUCGCUCCGCUGUCCAGCGUGCCCACCACGCUGUGCGGCGUUUGGUGCAUGGCGUGUGCCGCUGCGCGCGCGGCGUUCUCCAGGGGCGGCCUGCAGAUGCGCGCGGCCCGCUUUGUCCUGCUGACGGCGGCUUGCCUGGCCCUCUCGCUCGUCAGCACGGUCGCCGUGGCGGUGUACACGGCCAAGAGACUCUCGGGCGUUUAUUUUGCGCACUGGGUGGCGGCCUCCAACGCGCUGCUCGACUGCCUUAGCGUGGCUGUCUUCUCUGGGCUGGCAGGGCCGCGUUCGCUGCAGGUCCUGGCGCUGGACUCCUUCUCGGCCAUCAACUCCUACACCGACGACCAGAUGCAGGCCUUUUACGAGGAAUAUCUCGAGUAUCUCGACAGGGCGCGGGUGAAGUGGGUGCUGUGCGGUUACCUGCGCCGCCUGGCCGCGGCAGGGAAGGCUAUGCCGCGGUACCAGGAGGUGUCCAGCUAUCAGGCAGUCGUCGGCAGCAGUGGCUUCCCGCUUCUCCGUGACGGGCUGAAGCACAGGUUCGUGCUCUCGCACCCCUGGCUGUCGAAGGAACACCCCGACCCUCAGGGGGCAAAGCUGAAGCUGCUCGUACACCAGCUCGACAUGCUGCAGGCUUCCGAUUCCGACGGGGUGUUUAUCGACUACAUGAGCCUGCCCCAGCACGACAAGCAGAACCUGGACCUGCAGCGGCUGGAACUGGAGCAGAGAUUUCCCAAGCCUGGCCAGCACCCCGCGGUUCGCACGGAGGCGGAGGAGGCACAGUUCAAGCAGGCGCUCUCGGCCAUGGAGCAGAUCUACAGCGUUGGCAAGACGCCGGUCAUUGUGCUGCCCAUGGAUAACCUCGUCGAGACGGGCAAGGAGUACAUCUCCAGGGGCUGGUGCUUUCUUGAGUUUUGUCUUGCCAUGAGUUUUGACAAUAUCGCGAAUGCGGAGGUCCACGAGCCUGUCAGGCGCCUGAUCGUUGAUGUCCGAAACAUGAAGGGCGACACAGUUCAUGGAUUCCGCAAGGCAUUCAAGAGUACACACUUCACCAACAAAGGCGAUGCCGAUGUCGUCCUCCGGCUCUUCGAGAACACGCUGAACCUGGGCUCGGCCUGACGGGGCCCCGCGUUUGAUUCUCGCGGUGCGUUGGCUGCAGGCCCACUGGUUGUCUUGGCCAGGCCCCUGGAAACGAGAGUUGCGGAGGCGGCCCCCGUGGGCGCGGUCUGCCCGCCCGUGCGCGCGGUGUGGCUGCCGUCGGGGCCGCAAGCCGCAGUGCUUGGCGCCCUGAGAAGGAGAA